AUGGUCGUCCACGUCCUAGACAACUACUACCUGGCCAUCACCUUCCUCAUCUCCCUAGGCUGGCAGCUUCUCGGCUUUGCCAUCGCAUUCGGCCUCCAGAUUGACACCAUCACCGACUUCUGGUCCGCAGCCAACGCCAUCUUCCUCGCCAUCUUCACGCUCUGCUGCGGUGAUUUCUACUACGCCCGCAAUGUCAUUGCGAGCAUCUUCGUCAUCAUGUGGGGUGUCCGUCUCGGCGCAUUCCAGCUCUUCCGCAUGAUCAAGAUGGGCGGCGAUACACGAUUCGACGAGAUGCGAUCCAAGCCGCUCAGCUUCCUAGGAUUCUGGACCUUCCAGCUGGUGUGGGUGUGGACCAUCACCAUGCCUGUCACCGUUCUCAACUCGCCCAACUCGAGCGAUCCUGCCAAUGGCGGCGGCAACGCACGCUUCGGUAACGGCAAGGAUGUCGUCGGCAUCAUCUUCUUUGCCAUUGGCUUCGUAUGGGAGGCACUCGCCGAUAUUCAGAAGUACAGGUUCAAGUCGGUCACCAAGGCGCCCAAGGGUGCCAUCACCGAUGCAGGCGUCUGGAAGUACUCUCGCCGUCCCAACUACUUUGGCGAGAUCAUACUUUGGUGGGGUGUCUGGCUGCUUUCCCUCGGCAACACCACCGAAGCGAACAGGGGAGGUCACGAUGCGCUCUACGGCUCCAUCUUCUCGCCCCUCAUCACCAUGGCUCUCCUGCUCUUCCUCUCCGGUAUUCCGCUUGCAGAGAAGCCGACGCAGCAAAAGUACUUCCUCAUGUCGCAUGGGCCCGACAAGCAGUCCGAGGGUCUCGAGCCCUGGAACGACCAGAGGGAGAGCGAUCCGUGGGAAAGGAUGAAGGCCUUCCGCGAACGAACUUCGUUGCUGUUUCCAAUGCCCAACGGAUUCUACAAGCGACUGCCAAAGGCCGUCAAAUCGACCAUCCUGCUCGACUUGCCCUUCUACAACUUCGACGAGACUAAGGAUGGCAGCAAGGCGAUCCGUGAGGCGGAGGACAAGAAGCGCGAUGAUGAUGCUUAG